AUGCCCACAUCCAAUCAAUUACCAAAUCCUCCUGGUUCUUGGGAUCUCUAUUCCAGCCUUUCCACGCCUGCCACUGUCAAAUUUGCUGCCUCUGCGGCUACAAGACUUCUCACUGGUGUUAGACCCCAGGCUCUCGGAUCCAGCAUCCAAACUGGGCCAGAAAGAAUUUUCUAUACUAUUGUCACGCGAGUGUAUGCUCCUCGGUUCUUUGUCUCGUCACAACAAAAAUUUGGAGUGACGGACAUUAAAGCCCCCUGGCGGGUCACAGCUCUCGGAGGACAGACCGUGUUAUGGCUCUCAGGUCUUGAACAGACCGUGUUAUAG